GCCGCUUUUAAUUCAACUAUACUCAUUGCCUUGUGAGAUUUACACCCAAUGCCAGUGACUCCAGUCUGCGGACAGAACAGCGGAGACGGGCUCAGCAGUAAUCCAGUAGGGGGUAAAUGGACUCUGCCACUGAGCUUUGAGGAAAGACUUUAAAAAAGCAAUUGCAACAAUUUAUUGCUCAAUGUGAUACACAGACACUCUGAUACAUGAGGAAAUGAUAGGUCCACUUUAUCAAGAUGAAAGUUCCUGUCAUCAUUGACUCAACGGUGGAUGACAGCGAUGAAGAGGAAAAGGUGUUCCCAAAACCUGUUGUGGAAGACAGAAAUAUUGAAUUUGCAAAGAAAUGCAGCAAGCUUAUCAGUCGUAUAAGCUAUAAAGAGAAGUAUGAAAAAUCCAAGGGCAAGUGCGAAUUUGUUCCUGAUAUUGCUCAAACCAAAGCUGUGACAAAUGCCAUAUCGGAGACAAAGUACAAGGAAGCUGGCAAGAAAGAACUAUCCAACUCCCUGUACAAGAGGAUGCCAGCAACGUUAGACAUUGUGUUCGCCAAGCAAGUUACACAACUUCAGAGUAAGGCUCUAUACAAGCAGAAACAUGAUGCAGAAAAGGGAAAAUCAACGUAUGCGCAAAUGCUGGAGCCUCCUGAAAUGAAACAUGCAAAAGAAGUGAACAAACACCAGAGUAAUGUGUCCUAUAGAAAGGAUGCACUGAAUAUGCACACAUACACGGAGGUGCUGGACAGGCCGGACAUACAGAAGGCCACAGAGAUCUCCAAGAUCAUCAGCAAUAUUGAUUACAAGAAAGGCAGAAGCGACAUGGACAAGGAGCCCACAGUGGUUGGAAGACCGGAUUUUGAGCAUGCAAAAGAAGUUUCAAAGCUCUGCAGCCAGGUGAAGUACAAGGAGCAGUUUGUUAAGGAAAUGAAGGAUAAAGCCCCGUGCUACAACCCGUUAGACAGCGCAUCCUUCAAGCAGGCCCAAGCUGCAGCCGCACUGGCCAGUGAUGUGAAUUAUAGGAAAGACAAGCAGAGAAUACACGACCCAUCUGUAGAUCUCCCAAACUUACUGUACUUGGAGCACGUUAUGAAGACCAGCAAGAUGCAGAGCAAUAAAAUGUAUAAGAAACAAUUCGAAGAAAACAAGGGAAUUUAUCAUUUUGCGUUAGAUACAGCAGAGCAGAUACAUCAUAAAGAAAAUGCUGUACUCCAGAGUCAGGUUAAAUACAAAGAAAAUUAUGAGAAAUCAAAAGGGAAAUCCAUGCUUGAAUUUGUUAACACCCCAUCAUACUACAUUUCAAAAGAAGCUCAGAAAUACCAGAGUGAGAACGCGUAUAAGAAACAAUACAAGGAAAAUAAGGGGAAUUACUUUUUUACUGCAGACACAGCAGAACAGAUUCAGCAUAAAGAAAAUGCUGUAAUCCAGAGUCAGGUCAAAUAUAAAGAAAAUUAUGAAAAAUCAAAGGGGAAGUCCAUGCUUGAAUUUAUUGACACCCCAUUAUACUGUAUUUCAAAGGAGGCUCAGAAAUUCCAGAGUGAGAACAUGUACAAGAAACAAUUUGAGGAAAAUAAGGGCAAUUACCAAUUUACUUUAGAUACAGCAGAACAGCUUCACCAUAGAGAUGUUGCGGUACUCCAGAGUCAGGUCAAAUACAGAGAGCAGUAUAAAAAAUCGAAGGGGAAAUCCAUGCUUGAAUUUGUCGACACCCCAUCGUACUGUGUUUUAAAGGAGGCUCAGAAAUUUCAGAGCGAGAACACGUAUAAGAAACAGUUUGAAGAAAAUAAAGGCAAUUACCAUUUUGCGUUAGAUACAGCGGAACAGCUUCAUCAUAAAGAAAAUGCUGUACUCCAGAGUAAUGUCAAAUAUAAAGAGAAGUAUGAAAAAUCAAAAGGGAAGUCCAUGCUGGAAUUUGUUGAUACACCAUCGUACUAUGCUUCCAAGGAGGCUCAGAAAUUCCAGAGUGAGAAGUUAUACCGGAUGGAUUUUGAAAAAGCAAUGAAAGGAAAAGCAUCGGUGGAUCUAGAACUCACACCAACUUUCCUGAAUGCAAAGCAAGCUACAAACCUGCUCAGUGAGAAGGAGUACAGGAAAGACUUGGAAGAAGGGGUCAAAGGAAAGGGAUUGACAGUUCUAGAAGAUACGCCUGAUCUAAUAAGGGUGAAGAAUGCUGGCCAAAUACUAAGUGAGAAAGAGUACCGUAAGGACCUUGAGAAUGAUAUUAAAGGAAAAGGCAUGGAGUUCAGCGCAGAUAUCCCGGAUAUGAUCCGAGCCAAGCGGGCAUCUGAAAUAAUCAGUCAGAAAGAAUACAAGAAAGACCUGGAAACAGAAAUCAAGGGAAAAGGAAUGCAAGUUGGAGCUGAUAUACCUGAGAUCCAACGUGUCAAGAGGGUGUCUGAGUUUAUCAGCCAGAAAGGAUAUAAGAAAGACCUAGAGACUGAAAUAAUAGGAAAAGGAAUGCAGGUCGGACCGGAUACCCCAGACAUGCAAAGGGCUAAGAAAGCCUCUGAGAUUGCAAGUCAGAAAGGAUAUAAGAAAGACCUAGAGAUUGAAAUCAAAGGGAAAGGAAUGCAGGUGGGACCAGAUAUCCCAGAGGUGCAAAGAGCUAAGAGAGCCUCUGAGAUUGCAAGUCAGAAAAGAUACAAGGACGAAGCAGAGAAAAUGCUCUCUAUGUAUUCUUCUAUAGCAGAUACCCCUGAAAUAGAGAGAGUUAGGAAUGCUCAAAAAAGCAUAAGUUCUGUGUUUUAUAAGAAAGGAUUAGGGUCUGGCACCGCCGUGAGAGAGACACCAGAGAUGGAAAGAGUUAAAAUGACGCAGAAUAAUAUCAGUGCGGUGAAGUAUAAAGAAGAUAUUGGACCUGCCACAGCAAUUCCUGACCUCCCAGAAAACAAGAGGGUUAAAGAGAUCCAGAAAAACAUAAGCAAUGUCCAGUAUAAAGAGCCCCUGAGCAAACCGACACCGGUCAGCGUGACUCCGGAAAUGGAACGUUCUAAGAGGAACCAGGAGCAUUUCAGCACGGUUCAUUAUAAGGAUAAGGUUGGAAAGGUUACGGCUGUCAGCCUCACCCCAGAGAUGGAAAGGGUUAAAAAGAACCAGGAAAACAUUAGUUCGAUAAAGUACAGCAGCGAUGCGCAGCAAAUGAAAGGUAGACCUAGUGUAAUUCUAGAUACGCCAGAAAUGAGGCAUUGCAAAGAAUCGCAAAACAACAUUUCCAUGAUAAAAUAUCAUGAAGAUUUUGAGAAGACGAAAGGCAGAGGGUUCACCCCGGUAGUAGAUGAUCCGGUGACAGAGCAAGUAAGAAAGAACACACAGAUUGUCAGCGACGCCGCAUACAAGGGUGUCCACCCCCACGUAGUAGAAAUGGAUAGACGGCCGGGAAUCAUUGUGGACCUUAAAGUUUGGCGUACUGACCCUGGCUCCAUCUUCGACAUAGACCCACUGGAAGACAAUAUUCAGUCUCGGAGCCUUCGCAUGUUAUCUGAGAGAGCCAGCCUUGGCUACAGACACUCUUGUCACUCUGCUGGGGCUGCUGGAGUGAGGCAGGGGGAUGACAGGUCAGAAGUCUCUGAGAUGAACCCUAGUUUCUCCUACUGCAGUGAGGGAACAAGGGCAUCUGAUGAAGGAGCCCCAGUGUAUCCUGGUAACUAUCAACCUUCUCAGUCUCAAGGCUACGGCUACAUGCACCAGUCAAGUAUGUCCUCUAUGAGGUCCAUGCACUCUCCACAUGCACAGUCUACGUCACCAAGUAUGAGAACAUACAGAGCCAUGUACGACUACAGCGCGCAGGAUGAAGAUGAGGUCUCCUUCAGAGAUGGUGACUACAUCGUCAACGUGCAGUCUAUAGACGAAGGCUGGAUGUACGGGACUGUACAGAGAUCCGGGAAGUCUGGCAUGCUGCCAGCCAAUUACAUUGAGCCUGUUAACUGAAAGCCGCACAUUCUCUCAUGUGGUUCUGCAAUCAGCAUUAUUUUAUUUGGGAGGUUCAUGGAUUAUUUGCCAGUUAUUGUAUUUAAAACUUGCAGAAUUAAGUUGAAAGCUUACAUGCUUAUUUUCUAAGCACUAGCAUUAAAAUCUAUGACAAACAUAAAAAGUAUACAAAAAGCAUUUAGAUAAAUAGUUUUCUGCUUACCAGACCAGGGGAAAGGGCGGUAAACGGAAAACCCUUAUAGGCUUAGCUGCAGGCUGUAAUCAUUACUGGGAUUUUCAGGGUUUUAUUUCUUGCAACCACAAAUACUUUCUUACUUCAACUCAAGAGGGCUGGUAAUUGCUGACAAUCUAAAAUAUAGCAGUGGCAAAUGGUAGUCUGCUGUAUACUCAUAUUCUCCUAUGUUCAGGGUGGGCGUAUAAUAUUGCACCGUAAUGAAAAAGGAAGCCUAACCUCUCAAACGUUUUAUUCUAAUGUAAUGCUUCCUGUUAUACAUAAAUAUAAUAUUAUUUUUAAUCAUAUUUUAA